UCCCACUUGUUGUGAUGCAGGUUUAUCCCUCGGGAGAAAGCACAAGUCGCAACAAUGCCGCUCCAAAACAGCGAUUCGAGCCGUUUAUCUGUCUGUUUAUAAGAUGUGGAAGGGUUUCAUUUGAACGCGAAGCGGCUGUUAAUAACAGUGUACAAUGAGUGCAAAUGAUGAGCGAAAGCGGCGAGAAGGAGGGACAGGGAGAUAACGAAUGUGUUGAGUCUGGAGCGGAAAGAACGCCGAACUGGAGCAGCUACAAACUACUUGUUGAUCCAGUGUUGGACAGUGGAAAGGAAAAGCUCUAUCGCUAUGAUGGACUGCAUUUCAGCACACCUAAUCCUGGAAUUAACCCACCAGAAGUCAGAGACCCCAGAAUUGCCCGCUUUUGGACCAAGUUUAAAGAGAAAAAUCUGCCACUCCCUAAGUUCAAGGUUGAUGAGAAUUAUGUUGGUCCACCGAAGGAGGUGACGUUCGCCAGGUUGAACGACAACAUCAAGGCCGCGUUCUUGACGGACAUGUGCCGAAAGUUCGGAGAGAUCCAAGAGGUGGAGGUUUUGUUCAAUCCCAAGAAUAAGAAACAUUUAGGAAUAGCCAAAGUCGUUUUUGAAACUAUCCGAGGAGCCAAUGACGCGGUUCAAAAACUACACAGUACUUCAGUAAUGGGAAACCGCAUUCACGUGGAGUUGGACCCAAGGGGAGAGAAGCGGACUCGAUAUUUCCAGCUGCUUGUCAGUGGACUGUAUACUCCCUUUACUCUUCCUUUAGGGGAAGAGGCCUGGGGACCACAGUCACCCACCUACAGCUCUGACUCCCACAAUGAGUAUGACCCAGUGAAGCGCCUCUCUCAUGGUUUGCUGUCGUCAUCUUCUAUGCUACUCGGCUCUACCCCGUUUGAUUGCUCCACCCCUAUGUCCAUGGACACCGCCUAUUCCAGCAUGCAUCAGGACACUCCAUGUAGUUUCUGGCAGGACACUCCACACGGCUCGCCAACGUCUCAGAGUAACCCAGGAACCCCUCUGCACUGCGAGAGCCUUGCACAUACAACAGAUACAUAUACAUACACUGAUACACACGCUUCAAAACCCAUCCCACAGUCGACUCCAUUCAUCAGCUCUGAAUCCCAAAACACCUAUCAUAACCCUCACCUGGUCCAGCUAACGCCACAUACACCAAAUGCAAGGCAGGGGUCUUUGAUUAGCGUUACCCAAAUUUCCUGGACCUCUAAAGGGCAUGUGGUAUCAGGAGGCCAGUCCCACAAAGUCGGCAGAGCUCCUAGAGGUGGGCCCAGGGAUCGUGUAUGGGGCAAUAAAUAUCAAAACGCAUAUAACCGUCGACCGGAGCAUCGCUAUGUGCACAGACCUGGAUUCAACAGAUCUCACUAUCGUUCAGGAUGCACAACAAACCUAGUGCCUUUAGUUACAUUUCAGGAAUCUUCAGCUGCUCAGACACAACUGGAUAAGUCUCACACUGGUAGUAGCACAAAUAAACCAACAGGACAAACAUCCAUGGAAGCACCUACAGGUAGUAUGGACAAGGAACCAAUUCCUCCAGUAUCCCAGAGGGGCAACUUGUGUCAAGAACAGACAUUGUGUUCACAACCAUUGGGGAAAUCUUUGGAGGUUCCUCAAAAAACACCUGGUGACAUCUUUAACUCUCCUCCUCAUGUCCCUGAGGUACAAGAGCAGGAUACUUCUGCGAUACAAACCCCAGAAAGGUGUAUUUCCCCUGAGCCAGAAAGAAGUCCCUCAACAGGAUCGUGUCCUCAAGAACAAGUGCCAAGCAGCCUGGACUCUCGUAUCAAAAUGCUCUUUGGUACUCAGAGUCCAGAUGCAGAAGAGAAUGAGGAGAAUUCAAACUCAGAAGAUCAGCUUUCCCUAAACAUUCCUCAGCUGUCCUCCAAAUCUGGACUGCCUUCUCCUCAAUCCCCUGAUGCCUCACCUACCCCGAAUUUCCCUGCAGCUUCCAGUCACUGUAGUUCCACACAGCAGACUUCAUUUACAAUGGGGUUUGAAGACGUGAGUCCUUUUCCACUUCCGGACUCGACAGAGGAAGGAGAAGAAACUCGACCAAGUAACGAACAUCUGUCCAAGAUACCUGUCAUUUCAAACGUCUGUUCAACAUCACGGCCGGCUCAGCAACUUUCUCACCAAUCAGCUAUGAAUAUACUGCCUCUAAGACAAGAAGCUUCUGAUCAACCUGUUGCAUCCGGGACCUGUUCUUCACCUGCUGCUUCUGUAUUCCCAUUACCUCCUCCUCCAGUUCUCCUACCACCACCAGGCUUUCCUACUGUACCACCACCAGUUCUGCCACCUAUGUGUGGACCUUCACUCCCUGUACUACCCCCUGUACCAGUUCGAAUCACUCCUCCUCCUAACCUUUCUGUAUCUCCAUCGCCUUUCUGCCUGGCACCACAAAUCCCCUUAGGACAAAUAAACAGGCCCCUGAGGUGGACUAACCCUCCAGCACCUCCUCCUUCUGCACCUCUUCCUAUCCCGACCAGAAUAACCCAGGGGAAAUCCCACACUGUUUUCCCAACUCCUUUUUCCAUUCUUCCUCCCCCGACACCCUUUACAGGUAUGGACGGAGUGAGACAGGCAUGUCCGACUUUUAAUUCAGCUGCUGUUCCUGGCUAUAGGGCACCAUGGCCCCCCUCGCUCCUGCCUGUGUUUGACCCUUCAGUGCCACCUCCGGGGUACUUACCUGUGACCAAGUCACUCCACAUGGCCACGGUGGAUGGAGUGAUAGCUGCUGUAGCAGCAGAACUCAGGAUCAUAGUGAAAAAAGACAUUCAUCGCAGGAUAGUUGAAGGCGUUGCCUUUGCAGCAUUUGAUCAAUGGUGGGAUGAGAAGGAACACACCGCUAAGAUAUCGAUGGUUCCAGUGAAAUCCGGAGAAAGUAAAGAGAAAGAGCCUGUGAAGCUCAGAGUUCUGGAGCCAUGGCAGAUCAUGGAGAGUAUGGGGACAGAGGGCACAGUACUAGGCACUGGACUGGGGUUGGGCGUCCGCUCUGCCCUCAAACUGCCUUCAUUUAAGGUGAAACGAAAGGAUCCGUCUGGCGAGGACCCUCUAGGGGCUAAAAAGUCACGUCCAUCCUCUUCACCUGUUCACACACUCUCAGAGGAAACGGCAGUAGGACAGGAGACACACAUGCAGAAUGAAGAAGCGAUUGAGCCCCAAAAGGAACCGGAAGUCUCUGUGGUGAAACGGCGCCAUGCCAGACCUAUGGAGCUGGACAGCGAUGAGGAGGAGGAACAGGAAGAGGAAGAGGAGGAGGUGAAGACCUCUGGAAAUGUGGAGGAGCAAGAAGAGAGCAAGAAAACAAAUAUUUCAAAUACUGAUAAGGAUGAUGAUGAUGAGGGAGCUGGCGAAGGUGAGAGAAAGCAGGGGAGGUCUUCAGCUGUGCAGGUAGAAAAGAGAGAAGCGAGGAUGAAAGGGAUGACGGAGGAUGAAACUCACUCAGAGGUGAUUAGCAUAGCAUCAUCAGAAUCCUCCUCCAUCACAGAUUAUGAUUCCACACUCUCAUCAAGAACUGAUUCGAGCUCUUCUGACGAGAGUUGUUACUCGACUGACUGCGAGGAGUCUGUGGAAGAUGACGAGGAUGAAGGAGAAAGUCCAUAUUCUGAAGCUCCUGAAGAGGAGAGAGCAACUGAGGAGAUUUGGAUCUCAUCAGAUGAAGACGUCGAAGAAUAUGUGUCUCACACACCCGCUCGGUCUUCUGCGAACUCCUGGGAUGACGAGCUCGUCCCGCCUCUGACUCCCUCUGCUCCGCUGUCUAACGACGGCGACUUCGACGACGCUCUGCUAGACAUUGAUCCACAGGAAGAGCUGCGAGUGCAAGUAUUACUACACAGCUAUGGCUGCCAGGAUCCAGUCACACAGCACUUAUCUAACAAACUCGAGCUGUACGAUCCGGCCCUGCUUUCUCCUGCCCACGAGCUGCCGGAGCUGCAGUGUCCACCAUCGCCGACUUAUAGAGAGAUUUCCUCUGAUGAAGGGUUGGAGACAGAUACAAAUGAAUUACUUGAGGAUUCUGUGAACCACAGACCCCCCACACCAACAGGCUCCCUGUCGGAAAGUGAGCCCGAGCUCGAGCUGAGGCACGGGUUAUCACUCCCUGUUGCUGAUGAGGUGGAACGGCCCUGUACUCCUGGAGGAGGUUGUGAAACAGAGACGGAAACUCCUGUUUUAUCCCCUGCUCACACUCCUCCUCUCCCUCCUCCACCUUCUCCCACCGGCUUCCAUUUUUUCCCCUCUCCUACACUGUAUUUGUCUCCUCCUCCCCUCCCAUCCUCCUAUCCUGCCUAUGAGGAAACUCCUAAAACACCAGGCAGGAAUAACAGAGAGGAGCAGUUGUAUCAUACAGCAGCGAUUACGCGAGACGCAGUGCUGAGGAUGACGACGCACAGCCCGUUCUCUCAUUCCUUUCUCUCAGUAUCGCCUCACACAGGAAGCGGGAUUCCCAGAACUCCGGGACGAGACACGAAUCCAUCCUCGCCUCAUUCCGAGGACAGUGAAAUCCAGUUUCAGAGGAGGGAGCGAUGGCGAGGUCGCCGUCCAGGCUACUCGCAACAAAUCCACAUCCACAGCACCAGCUCGUCUCCUUACACCUCCUCCUCUGAUUCCUCAAAUUCAGAGACACAAGAUUUGAACCUCUCUACAAAUCAGCUGGCAUGUUUUGAUGAUCUCAGAAAGAGAAGAGAGAGGAUGCAACGCAAAAGGAGAAUGAUCCUCUCACAGAGAAACAGACGAAACAAAGACGAUUUUCAUCACCCGCCUGUGCGAGGUUCAGUCCCUAAAUCAUCGUAUGAUUUGACUCCGUAUCUGAGCAGGGAACAGGCAGAUCAGGCCAAAAAGCCGCUGCAGGGACUCGAGAACCGAUUAGAAAACAGGCUUCAACAGGUGCCAACAGAAAUCCAGAGACUCCCAGAACUGCUGUAUCCAUGGAGAAAGAGAAAAUCCUGGCCUUACACGUCUUUGUUUGCCCCUCGGUCCAAACGGAGAGAAAGGCUACUCAUCGACGCUGUCUGGACUAAAGGAGUAAACGUGGAGGAAAUCGGCCAUCUGAAGGCCUCAUACGAGAAGAUGCUGCUGCAAAACAACACCUUUGACUGGCUCAGAAGCACACACUGGGUCCCUCAUCCUCCCAGCAGCGUUCCUCUGGAAUGGCCACCAAAAUUGCCAGGUGGGUCUCGCUAUCACAUGACUGGAUCCGCACGAACAGAGGGAUAUUACAUCAUCAGCAAAGGGGAUAAAAUGCGCUACCUCCGACACACACACACCGCCUCGGGAGAACUGACUGCAGACACUCAGAAUGUUCCAGCUCAGCUUCCCUCCUCAUCCCGUUCCGGCUCGGAUUUCCGAGCUGAACAGCGGCGCCUGCUCUCCUCCUUCAGCUGUGACAGCGACCUGCUCAAGUUCAACCAACUGAAGUUCCGUAAGAAGAGGCUGCGCUUCAGCAGGAGUCGGAUCCAUGACUGGGGAUUGUUUGCAGAGGAGCCGAUAGCUGCUGAUGAGAUGGUGAUCGAAUACGUCGGCCAGAGCAUACGGCAGGUGAUAGCCGACAUGCGAGAGAGACGAUACGAGCAGGAAGGCAUCGGCAGCAGCUACCUGUUCCGAGUCGACCAGGACACCAUCAUCGACGCGACCAAGUGCGGCAACCUGGCCAGGUUCAUCAACCACAGCUGUAACCCAAACUGCUAUGCUAAAGUCAUCACUGUAGAAGCCAAAAAGAAGAUAGUCAUCUAUUCCCGCCAACCGAUCAGCGUCAACGAAGAGAUCACGUACGAUUAUAAAUUCCCCAUCGAAGAUGAGAAGAUCCCCUGUCUGUGUGGAGCCGAAAACUGUAGAGGAACUCUCAACUAGACCAUCGACCACUGACCGAUUGUGCCGUGCUACAUGAUGCCAUUGCUUUUUUAGCAUCUGAACUCCUUCAGUACAGGUCACUAACCCUCCACGACUCCUAAAGAUGUUGCAAUGCUGUUUUAAACACCAGACCACAAGUGGUGUAAAUUACAAUACACAAGGGACUUGUAAUGACUUGGUUACUUCUUUUAAGUAGAUCAUUGUAAUAAUUAAUGACACAGUAUGAAUCACAUCUUCAGAGAUAUACAUCCUAACAAAGAGGUGGUUAUCUAAUUAGAAACCCUAAUCAACCUUCUAUCUCCGGGGGGGAUUCUAUAUUAAAUCCAGAGAUUGUGUGUACACAAUUAAUUGUACAGUACUGUACAGUUAUUUUUUCUUUAACACGCAUAAAGCAUUUGAAUUCACUUCAUCACACAUCAGUCUGUGUGGUAUUACACCUCAGCAUGCAGGAGAAAUAAAGUAUAUUUUCUUGCAGGAA